GUGACGAGUCAGGGAGCGGACCAGUUCGUUCAUUGUUUUGUAGAAAAAUUGUCCUACUCGAAAAAUAAUAGUCAUCGAGUGAUGCGCAGUAUUUUUAUUGUUUUCGUCAAUUCAUUGAAGAAGAAUAAAAUGAGGACUCUAGCAGUGUUAUGUCUGAUGGCGCUGGUCUACGGAGCUGUCGCCAAGAACAAGAAGGGAGAUGACCAUAAGGUGAAGAUCGCAGUGUACUAUGAGUCCCUCUGCCCUGACAGCAAGAGGUUCAUCACCAGGCAGCUGGCACCAGUCUGGAGGGACUUCCGAGGAGUUGUGAAAGUGAAGAUGGUGCCAUACGGCAAGAGCACGCACGACAAAGUGGACGGAAAAUGGCAGUUCCAAUGUCACCAUGGACCUGAUGAAUGCUACGGUAAUAAGAUCCAGGCCUGUAUCCUGAAGGACCGCAGUCUCCAGGACACGGAGAAGAUGGAAUUGGUCAUCUGUCUAAUGAACCAGGCCAGCCCUGACAAGUCUCUGGAUACGUGCCUCACCCAAAUCAACAAGGAGUCGGAAUCAGUGAAGUUGAAGCGUUGUGCAUCCUCCGACCAGGGAGACAAUUUGCUGGCAGCUUACGGUGACAAGAGCGACUCUGUACAGCGCCCUCUAGGUUUUGUUCCCACCGUUGUUAUCAAUGAGAGAUUCGACCAAACAGUACAAGAUGAAGCCAUUGCCGACUUAAAAUCGGUCGUGUGUCGCGUUGCACCGAACAAACCUUCCAUCUGUUAAACAAAAACAAAUUCUACGCACCAAUAAAUAAAUGAAACUCACUAAACAAUCUCUACAAAUUAAUAUCAAGUGAACAGCUAUCUUUAAAUAAAAAAAAAAUAAGUCGCCAUUUUCUCGACCAUAGCGUCAGUAUAAAAAAAAAGUAAUGGCGGCAAUUUUGACGUACAAAAAGUAUCUUUAACAAAAUGUUUUCAAAAAUAUUAAAUUGAUAAUUAUAUUAUUUGACUGUCUGUCUGCUAGCUUUAUCUGAAUUUUGGUAUUAGCAAUGAAUUUAAAUCAGAAUACGAAAAUUUUAAUGUUUUCGUAUUUAUAAAAAAAUAUUGCAUCGAGGCUUCGGUAUAGUUCGUCAAUAUUAUUUUCGUAGUAACUUAUUGAUUAAAACAGCAUAAUUGUAUUAGUUAAUAACUAACACAGUAUAAGUACAAGUGCACACGAAUUUAAAACGUUCAGUCGCAAGUAUAGAGUGAACUGUAAGACCCCUUUAAUAUUAAGACACAAUAGUCGCGCGAUUAGUUGCGCAACCUUAAAGAUUCCCCAAAGCUAACACUUUUAAAAAUUCUUAGUAGUAGCACGGAGUCUGGAAUUGUGUCCGGUAUUUGGCAAUAGGCUCACCCCUAUUA